AUGAUCGCCAUACAACUGCCCGCUGCCGCACCGCACGUGCUUUACACGAACAUCCCUGCAACAACCCGGCGAGCGGCGAACAUCCCGUUCUUGGCCGGCGUGCGCGCCAACCCACCACAAACACAACAGUCUCCACGAGCGACCCGUCGGGCACCCCCUCCUCCAGCCCCAAGAAGGCGCAAUGCUAUCAGCUACCAUCCUUCUCAAAACGAGAACCCGUUUGCGGAUCCGGUCAACCGGCCCGCACGAGCAUCAGCCAACCCAACUUGGAGCGAGCCCUCCCCGAAGCGUUCUCCGUCGCCGCCUGAACCUCGGACGCCGAGGAAGGCGACGCUGCUCUCUUCGGGCCAUAUGACGGACGUCGCGGAGCCGUUGCGUUUCAGCCCGCCGCCUAAGCUGGCACCCGCACGCGACCAGACAUGUCGUCUCGUUGCAAGCCUGCUACUCAAUCGCGCAUCGCGCUCGCGCCCCAUGUGUGGCCGCACACGCAGAUGUGCACCGGGUCGCAGUCGCCUUGCGACAUGCGUUAUCCUCGAAGACGCUGCAUGA